AUGCACACAGCAGUCGACAAUUCAUUUUACAAGAUUAAAAAGUUUAUACAAAAGACUUAUACAAGCUUAUAUAAGCUAAUUGGUACGAAAGAUGCGCCCCUAAAAAUGCCCCUAAAAAUUACUUAUGCUCAAAAUAUACUUAGCGUACCGUCAAAACAACUAUGGGUAUCAGAUCGAAGACUUCAUGUCUUGCGCCCUUUUUAUUCUCUUCGCAUAACGCCAACAUUACCUCAUGAUUCCGGAUUGUAUCAGUGCCGUUUGGAAACAGAUCCUUUGUUUGCACUUGCUAUGUCCACUGGAUCUAUCCUACUCAUUGUUAUGGGUAAGCAUUGCAUAGUUCAAGAUACUAUAUUUAAGCCAAUAAAAUAUGAGAAAGAGAGACGUAUAUAUCAUAAACUUUAUGUUUCCGGAAUGGCGAUGGGAUACACCACUGCAAACGAUCUAAAAAUCACGAUCGUGCGUCCACUAUCUCCAUCGAAGCCGGAAAUAUUAUCAGUAACGGAAAGAUCUGUAACACUUUCGUGGAAAAUUUCUAGUUCUCAAGCACAUAAGCCUAUUCUGCAACAAGCAGUUUUAAUAAGAAGGCUAUCAGAUAAGGAUGAAAGAAUAAUGACGCUACAAGGCAAUAAUACGACAGCAGUAAUAUCAGGAUUGAUGCCAAUUACUCAAUAUGCAUUUAGUAUUAGACUUCAAAAUGCAGCUGGGAUUAGUGAAUUCAGUCCUUUUACACUGCAGACUACACUCGGUGAAGCAUUAUCAUCUGCACCUAAAAUUCGAAGUAUCCAAAAUACGAGUGAUGGCUGUAUUAAAGCACUUUGGGAACAACCAGUGGAUCCAAAUAAUUCUCUUAUUGGAUAUAGGAUAAUGAUUCACCGUAUGAGUACCAAAACUAUGCGUGAAUGGUAUAUUAAAAGUGAUGAGCAUGUAAUAUGUGGAUUACCUUACAAUUCAAAAUAUCAAAUAAGUGUUGAAGCUGAUAAUGGAUAUGGUUAUUCACCCAGUGCUUUGGACACUUUUUAUACCGAUGAAUCAAUACCAGACGGACCGCCAGAAAAUAUAAAAGCUCAGGCUUUUUCUUCAAGCACAGUUGAAGUUAGUUGGAAUCCUCCGAAAAGACCGAAUGGUAAAAUUAUUGCUUAUCAGAUUUAUAUCAGAUUAGAGAAAGAAGAACAACCACUGAGGCUAAAAAUUCAUGGAAUUACUAGCAUUAACAAAAUUUCAUACAAUAUAUCUGAUCUCCAACCAUAUAAGACGUAUGCAUUAAUGGUAUCAGCAUUUACAAAAAAAGGUGAAGGAGAUCGAAGCAACGAGAUUUUCGUCACAACGGAUCAUCAAACUCCAUCGCCACCAGAAAUUUCAAAUAUCACAUUUAAUUGUAAGGAUACAGUUACCGUUUACUGGAGUGAUCAGUCAGAACAUAUACAUUUUUAUUAUUUAUUACUCGAAGGAAAUUCACAGCAUUUUUACAAUACUACUUCAAAAAUGGCAAAUUUACAGAGAUUAACGAAACAUUUACGAUAUUCCGUAAAGGUUUCAUCAGUAAUUCGAAGUAUUCUCAAUAAUUCAAUGCCAAUAUUUAGUCAGUGGUCAAAAGAUGAAAUAUUUCUUAUCGAUGAUCAGUGCAAAUUAAAAUCUUCAUUAUGUUCGUCUCCACUCUGUGAGUCAAUAAUACUGCCUUCUGUACCAUCAGUUUCACUACCUGUAACUAUUUGUGCCUUCAUCGUCGCUAUUAUACUUUCUUUACUUGUUGUUCUGAAUGUGGAAAAAAAAUUGUGA